AUGUCUUCCUUGUCUCUCCGCGUGCCCGCACAGUUCUCCGCACAUGCAUACGCAUACGCAUAUAAAAUGCGCAGAAUCCAAUGCAAACCGCAGCCGCAUCCACGACGCCUACAACCCCUCGACAAGCACGAAGCCCGAAAACAGCACAAACGCGACCAGGAACAGAAGAAUAACUCUACCGCGCUGUCCCUGGCGGUAUCGAAAAGCAUCGGAUGUAUGUAUUUGCGACUGCGACUGCGAUUGUACAGACGGAAAUGUAAAUCUACAUGGACGGAAGAAGAAAGAAAAAAGGGUAGACGCGUUAAUAAAAGCGAGUCAUAUCUUUGA